CACACACCUGGUUCGACGAAAACAUGGCGUAGAACCAGUAGAGUGAUUUUGUUACACAUGUGUCAGCGAUUUUUUUUUGGUUACUGGACUAUAGCCGGUGUUACGUGUAAUUGAUGAUUCAGUAAUCGUUAUCUCAUCGAACAUAAUAGGCCGCCCAUGUAUUCCAAUUCUACUAAUCGGACGAAAUUCUGACCAGCGUUGGAAACAAUCGAGAAGCCGUAGAUAACCGUGAAAAAAAAAAUGGUUGUGGUGGCAGAAGAAUCUUUUCUUGGGGAUGCGAUGGACCAUGCGGCGAGUUCCUCUACCAGAAACGGUGAUUUCGUGCCGCCAACAAUAACCCGUAAAACAAUAGUGGUUGUGUCAGGCCUCGCUAACAUUCAUGCCCGAGUGUUGGAGCCCCUUAUCGACAAUCUCACGCCGAAAUCCGUCUUAUUCAGUCAAAAAGCGACAGCCAGUCAACUCUACAAUGCAGUGUCCCACCUCUACCCUGGUUACUCAUCUCCAGACUCCUUCAACCUCGUCCUGAUGUACAACGACAAGAAGUAUCCGUUAAAAUUUGAAAAUCAGCCUAUUCCGAACCUCGACCUGGAGUCGUGUGAGGAGGUCUACUCCGCCAACAUCGGUGUCAACCGAACUAGCGAAAUCACCAAUGGAGAUAUUGCUAAAGCCGAAGAGGAUACCCCUCACAAUAAAAUCGAAUGCAACAGCAUAAAAUCGUCCAUCAACAAACCCGAUAAAUCGUACGUGGUCGAAGUAAUCCCUCACGACUCUUCUCCUCUCCACGCCAGGAGCUUCUUAGUCUCACCCUCAACUACCCUUGAGGAGCUCUGCCACAACAUCAUGUUCUUUCGCGCGUCACAACUACCAGACACUACAGUAGGAAUAUGCUACUUAAUGGAUCUGUAUCACAGGAAUGCAUCAAAUGUAUCCACUACCACCCACUUUCUCAACAGCGCUGACGAUCUUCGACGAACAUUAGAACACAUAUCAUUUGACUUCAAUCGAUCACAUCAAAUUCUAGUCCUUGUGGGGUUGGCUAAUUUCUUCGACUCAAUUCCAGUGCUUUCCAAAAAAUUAACCAAUGAUUUAUUCAAUUGCCAGGAUUCUUCUCCCUCCUCACCAAAAUUGAUAUCUGUAAAGAAACGAGACGUCACUUUCGACGCUCUCUUCAGUGCAUUGCAAGUGGAGGUUGGAAAGAUAGUAGGACAAUACUCUGAGGCUGAAGCUAAACCAGAUGUGGCGUACGUUGGCCUAGUAAAUCAGGCAAUGACUUGCUACUUGAACAGCCUUCUUCAAGCUCUGUACAUGACUCCAGAGUUUCGCAAUGCUCUCUACAACUGGGAGUUUGUAGGCUCUGAAAAGGACAAAUCUAGCAAUAGUAUUCCUUAUCAACUCCAAAAGCUCUUUCUCAAUCUGCAAACGUCAACUAAGGCAGCUGUCCAGACGACCUCCUUGACUAAGAGUUUUGGCUGGGAUUCAACAGAAGCAUGGCAGCAACAUGACAUCCAGGAGCUGUGUCGUGUGAUGUUUGAUGCGCUGGAACAAAAGUUCAAAAAUACUCAGCAGGCUGAUCUAAUUAACAGACUUUACGAAGGAAAAAUGAUUGAUUACGUCAAAUGUUUAGAAUGUAAAACCGAAAAAUCACGGGAAGACACUUUUUUAGAUAUUCCCUUGCCAGUUAAACCUUUUGGAAGCAAUGUGGCGUAUAACAGUGUGGAGGAGGCCUUGAGGGCAUUUGUGCAACCGGAAACAUUGGAUGGAACAAAUCAGUAUUUCUGUGAAACUUGUAAUAAGAAGUGUGAUGCACAUAAAGGCCUGAAAUUUAGCAGAUUUCCUUAUUUACUAACACUACAUCUAAAGCGUUUCGAUUUCGAUAACAACACGUUUCACAGAAUCAAAUUGAAUGACAGGGUGAGCUUCCCAGAUGUUCUUAAUCUCAAUUCUUUCAUAUCCUCUGACAAUCAGGAAUCGCCAACUGCUGAGGAGGACGCUGGGGUGGGAGUAAAAUGCGAUGACAGCUGUACAACUGAUAGUGGAGGUUUGGACGAGUGCUCUUUGAAUACCAAUGGAAUUAAUGAGAACGGAAUUACGAGUGAAGCUACUAGUGAUCAUUUAAAUAAUCAUGAACAGGAUGACGAUGAGGGCAUUGACAUGAGUAAUGGGCCCUCAACAUCGAGUACAGAGCACAGUCAUGAGGAUACUCGUCAUCAAUCGGCCAGUGGUCCUUAUGUGUACGAAUUAUUCUCGAUAAUGAUUCACAGUGGCAGUGCCAGCGGUGGACAUUACUAUGCCUAUAUCAAAGACUUCAGGACCAACGACUGGCUGUGCUUCAAUGAUCAGAAUGUCAAUCGAAUUACCGAUGAUGACAUUCAAAAAACAUAUGGAGGAGGACCUACACGGGGAUAUUACAGCGGUGCUUACAGCAGCAGCACCAAUGCCUAUAUGCUUAUGUAUCGUCAGAUAGAUCCAGAGAGAAAUUGUUUACCUAUGGAGGUCGAUUCUUUCCCAAAACACAUUCAAGAUUUAUUAGUGACAAUGAAGGCACACGAGGACGAGUGGAAAAAUUACGAGAGAUCAUCCCAAAUGUACAAGAUAAGGGUUUACGUUCAUCAUCCAGAAGAAAAAACUAUUAAAUCGAGAAGAUUGUUCUCAGUGUAUGAUGAAACACUUGCGGAAUUGGUGGAGAAGGCGUGGAAAACAUUGGACCUGGUGAAUGUCGUUGAUUUGGAUCAGUGCCGUCUUGUAACAUAUGAAAUAAUAUCGGACACCAUUGAGUCAACAUUUGAUGGUCAAGAUCAAGAGACUCUGGGUGGACUUCUUCAACAAUCAAAUCCAGAUAUGUUGUUAGAAAUUCGAAAGAAAGAUGAGGAAUUCGAAGCGUAUGAGCCCGGUGGUCUUGGCACGAAAGUCUUUCACAUCGAUUGCGCCAAUAAAGAAAUUAUUGACGGGCCAAUUUACGUGCGAGGAUAUCGAAGACAAACACUCAGAGAGUACAAAAAACAAGUGGGUAAAAUUUUGAAUAUAAAUCCAGAGGAAAUGACAGUGGCCCUCCAAAACUGUCCAUCAGGAGAGAGGGUACUUACGGAGAAUGAUCAUUUACUGGCAAGCCACGGAAUCACGAGUGGAGACCUGGUAUUUGUAACCGCAAACAUUGAUAAUAGUUUGACCGAUAUUGUCAACAAAUUUGAAACGGCCAUUUGUCUUGAUGUUGAAUUACCUGAUAUCAGCAAAGAGGUACUGGAAGAACUCGGUAUUCAGUCAUUGGAAAGCAGACAGAAAGAGCAGCAAGAACUGAAAGAAAUGAAAGAACAAAAAGAGGCUGAAAAACUCGAUAAUCAGAAGAAAAAAUCUGAUUUGGGUGAGGGAAGUCAGAAGGACGAAUCCCGUGAUCAAGCUACCAACUGGUGCCCUGAGGCUUCAGCUGGUGAUAAUGAGGAGUGGCAGGAGCAGAGCAAUAGUGAGGACAGUAGCCUCAGUGAUAGCGAUAGAACACUCGUUGGAAAUGCUUCGGAGGACGAUGAGAUAAGCAUUAUUAGUUUUGACCACGACUGGUAUCCUCGCAAGAGGCUCGUCAACAAAGAGGACAACUGGGAAAUGGAUCAGGAGGAGGAGAUAGAUUAUUUAUUCAAGGCUACUCCUUAUGAUAAGGAUGGUGAAAAACAUCUGCGGGUGAUAGUAGAUAAAAGAAUAAAAUUCGAUAAUUUCCGAAAACACCUGGAGCCCUUCGUUGGGGUUCCAAUGGAGGAUUUCAAAAUUCUGAGAACGGCCAUUGAUUCAGCUGAUGUCGAUUGUACGCGACCCACAACAGCAUUGAGAGUAUGGGACGAUGGAGAAAAAAUUAGUAUAAAAUUGGGUAGAGCUGUGAGGCCUCACGAAUUUAGGGUGAAGGUGUUCUUCCUAGAAUUGGAAUGUUAUAAUAAGCCUUCUCAAUUUUUAUUUGAAUCCACUAUAUCGAAGGAUGCUACUGUAGGGGAUGUCAAAAGACAAUUGUUGGCUGAAUUGCAACGAAAACACGGUGGUAUAAUUCCUUUCGACAAGUGUCGACUCAGGAUAAAACAUUAUCAACUUCCAUCCAAGGUUUUACUGAAUGACCAGAAUAUUCGGGAUAUUAAUUUCCAAUCACUGUGUCAACUAUUCAUCCAGGAAUUGCCAGAGGAGGAACCUGUUACUAGCAGUAGUCAGAUUGUCGUGAUGGUGACGAGGGUAUUCAGGCAUUGGUCUGUUUUGGGACCAAUUCAAGAGAUUGUUCUCGAUGAAAAUUGUUACGAGGAGCUGACGAAGAAAAUCGUGGAAUUGUCCGGGAUAGAGGAGGAUAAUUUACAGAUGAUCAAGGGCAAGUGGCCGACAAGUCGGUAUGAGUCACGGGUGUAUUGGAAACCGGUUAAUAAACCAACUCGGCAGAUUGGAACUCUUGAGGAUGGUGCUUGUAUUUUCUACAGAGAUGUCACGGAAAAGGCGCUACCAAAUACCCAAGAAGAAAUGUGUACAGCGGAAAAUGAAGCUGAUAAGGCGAAAGGCAGAUUUUCAAGAGGUGUCCGACAAAAAAUGAAAGUAUUCACCAGAAGUGUACCACAGGACAGACACUACGCCGAGAGUCCGAGACGAGAGAAAGCUCUGAAAAUAUAUCUCGAUGAUAAAUGAUCCAACUGUGAGACUGUCAGUAUUGAUCUAAUCUCGCAGAUCCAAUAGAUUGUGCAGAUGACACAGUGCUGAGCAAUUUUUACCUGUAUUUUUUUUUUGGUUUUUGAAAAAAACACAAUUCGCAGGAGACACAUCAGGGGAUUUUCUAAAAUUCUUCAUAAAGAACGUAGGAGAAGAUAUCCUUGUUUUUCUCCUUUCAUGAUAUUUUUUCCGCCAUUAUUACUACUCGAAAUAUCAAUCAUACCGAUAAUUACGAAAUGGAAUCCCUCUUUUUCCUUUUUCCCUCGAGCAUUUGCCCUCGCAAUUAUCUUGCAUAUUCACCAAAUCGAGCUUACGUCAUUUAAAAACAAGAGGAAAUUUCCACAGAUAAUUCGAAUCAUUAGAGUCUGUGGUGAAAAUUGAGAGAAUGAUAGCCGAGGUUAAAUGAAUAUUUUUUAAAGACUAAAAGGAAGGAAAAUUAGGGAUGUUGGAUGAGAAUUAUUUCCUCCUGGAAUUUAAUCGACGUUCAACUGUACCUUCUCUCUGUAUCAUACACUGUAGUUAUGAAAGAAAUUAUAUUUAUAAUUAAUUAUUCACGAUUAAAGAAAAACAAAAUCCGAAAAAAUAUGCGAAGCUUCAAUUGAUUUUUUUUGUCACCAUGUAUUCAAGUAAAUCCGUAGAAACCGGAUGACAGAGAGUUAUUGGAAUGAAUCAUAUUGUCAUUUUCUGUUGGAAUAACUGAUUUAAUUUCUUUUUGCAAGUUUUUAUUAUUCAUCUUUGUAUUAGGGAGGUACCCUGCGAUUUAUUUAUUAAAGAUUGUGUUUAAAGUAUAAUUUUAAGAGUCAGUGCCAAGCGAUUUGUUUUCGGCCAGAAAUUCGUUAGAUUAAAGAUUCAUUUAUUGUCAAUAUCUGAAACAACGAAACAUUGAAAAUGGAAAGUGACACGAGGAGAAAAAAUUAAAUAAGUUGUGAAGAUUU